UCCGGCCUCUGUACAUGUAUGACGUCGUGUCAUGUAUGACACACCGCUGCAACAAUUCUUUCAUCCAUUUAUCCAGAUUUUUUUCUGCUACUACGUCAGUGACAUCCAGACAAUCUCAAAGCUGAUUGGCUUCCGCGAUUUUUACACAUCAUGCAAAUUUUUUGCUCGAGUUAAAAAAUUUAAACUUGCGCGAAUACCCAAAUUAAGCGAUUUUGCGCUUUCGAGUCGCGCCAUUUGCGUCAUUCGCACCGCCCGCGCAAAUUCGCAUCUAUUCGAUUCUAUUUGCAUCUUUGCAUUGACUUUGGAUGUAAUUGCGCCGUGCCAAAUGCUCGCUUUGCGUUGUAUGUGAAUGCACCAUUAUAGCUAAUAAACAUUGAUCUUUUUUUGUGUGUAGGGGAGCAAACAAAGUGACUUAUCGUGCGUUCACAUACAACGCAAAGAAAAUGUUCGCCUUGCGUUGCUCGCGCGAGUUUGUCCGCUGGAUUAUAAAUGCGCGUUUAAACUCGCGUUCGCACCAGUAACGCGAACCCGCGAGUAUUCCCGCUUCUCUUCCGGAAAAGGACAGGAGGCGGGGCUUCUACGACUCCUUCUACGUUCAUAGUAAAGUACGACCAACAGCUGGAAUCAAGUAGUCGCGCAUAUUUUCAGAACUUACCAGGUCGUCGAACUUCCUCGCUCGCUUUCCUCCAAGCGAUGUCUUUAUUCGUCCGGCCUCUGUACAUGUAUGGCGUCGUGUCAUGUAUGACCCACCGCAUCCAUUUAUCGAGAUUUCUUUCUGCUACUACGUCAGUGACAUCCGGAAGAUCUCAAAGCUGAUUGGCUUUCGCGAAAACGCGUCAUGCAAAUUUCAAUACCCGAAUUAAGCGAUUUCACGCGUUCGAGUCGCGCCAUUUGCGUCAUUCGCGCCGCCCGCCGCAAAUUCGCGUCUAUUCGAUUCUACUUGCACCUUUGCAUUGACUGUAUGUAAUUGCGCCAUGCGAAACGCUCGUUUCGCGUUGUAUGUGAACGCAACAUUACAGCUAAUAAACAUUUAUGAACGUACACGUUUUAUUGCAUUCUAGUCCAUAAAGCUUGUCCGACUUUUGGUUUCAGACUUGAACUUCACUAAUCAGUGCUAGUAAAUGAAGGUUUUGUUUUUAUCAUGUGACGUAAUGUUUCUAAGCCGAACCGCACAAAUGUGACACUUACACCUCAGUGCCUUAAACCAAAUAACUAUAAUUUAACGAUAAAGUCAUUUUGGUUACAUUUCUAUCCUAUUGAAAUGAGACAUUUUAUUUUUAUCACUGAUUUUUAAAUGUUGUAAUAAACCAUUAGCACUACUGAAAAAUGUGGUUCUCAUACAUGCACUGUUUAAUUAUAUUUUCAAACAUUAGUGUAACUUUGAUGCAGCCUGCUGUCUAUGUUUAAUCUGCAUUGUUGCACCUCAAUAGUGGUGGACUGUUUGAGAUUGUAACAUUGUAUUUAUGCUAUUUAAUUGAAGUAACCUGCAGCAUUAUUAAAGGGAAUGUCAAUUGAAAUUGCAAAGUGAAAUGCUUGAAUUUAUGC